AUGUGUUCUACCAGAUUAGCCACUAAUCUAAAUAAUUUAUUAUUACAUAAAUUAAUUUAUAAAUCUAUCCUUUACCCAGAUGAGGAGCCCUACCGCGCCAGCAACGGUCACCAUCAGCAGCAGCAGCAGCAGGCGUCUGCAGCGAGUGGCGGCGGAACCUCCUUAGCCUACUCGUCUGGUGUUCCCGUCGAACGCGAACGCCACACCUCCGUCGGCUCUGACAGGUCGCACAGGUCGAGCACCUCGAUCGCCACGAACCAUUCGACCAUCCUGGACGAUGGUGUCAACAGGACAAUCGCCCAUAACCAGACCGACGGCGAGAACGGCGGAGUGUCGUCCGACCAUGGGAGCAGGCGGAGGACAAACAGCAGCAGUAUGGGGCCCCUGUCGAUGAGGUCGAGUAAAGUCCCCGGUACUCGAGAAGUCCACAACAAAUUGGAGAAGAAUCGAAGGGCUCACCUGAAAGAAUGUUUCGAAUUACUCAAAGACCAACUACCUCCGAGCCCCGACGAGAAGAAAGCAUCUAACUUAAGUAUUCUUGGAUCUGCAAUCCGCUACAUCCAACUCCUAAGACGUAAAGAACGAGAUUAUGAGAAUGAAAUGGAGAGAUUGGCCCGAGAGAAGAUCGCCUCCCAGCAAAGGAUCACAACACUGAAGAGGGAGCUGUCUUCGACAUGGGAGCACAUAGACUUUAGCAAGCUGCUGCCGGACGAAGUUGCUGCCAAGACACCGGACAGGGAGCACAACCAGAGCAGCACACCAGCGCCGCAGAGCCUGGGGCUGAGGGCGGAGCAUAGAUACAGUUCGAGCAGCUCCCUGUCGAGCGCUGCGACUGCUCCGAGCCCCAGUGCGGUCACAACAAAUAAUCAGAUGGCAAUAACCCGCGCCUCUCCAAUAACUCAACUGAUCUCGCCGACGGCGGCGACGAUUCAAAAAUCCAACGGGCAACAGGUGAUCCAAAUAAACCAAACAAAUCAACAUAUCACGACAAACGGAACAUCAAACGGUCCCACCAUCGUCAAGACGACAAACAACCAACUUGGAGCCAAGAGGGAGCUGAACAUGUACACCAAACAAGUGCCAGUGAAUAGUAAAAUAAAUAACACGUACGCCUCUGGACAUCUGAUAAGCCAGAACGCUCUGAUUUCGAAUGGAAAAAUUGCGAGAUUGGAGGGCCAGCCCCAGGUCAAACUGGUGAAUGGGACUCCGUCUCUGGCUCUGGUCACACAAACAGACAAUCAUGAUAAGGAUGUUAAGGUCCAGCCGACACAAAUCACGCUGUCGCAGGUCAUCCCAGGAGGUAGUUUAGUGGUCAGUCCAAUUCAAUUGUCUCUUGCACCACAAAACAUUAGAGUUUUGGGCAGUGCAGCCACGAUUGAACUUGCAACAAGCUCUUCUUCCCAACGCUAAGAGAUACAUCGGUACAUCAACAACUCACGUGAGAAAAAUUCUUGUGCCUCAAUCUUCCGCCGGAAGUCCAGUGGUGGCGGUUCCUCAAGAGAAUGGCGCCAA